CCAGCGGCCACGGCGGACGGGCGGCUCAGGAUCGGUCACCUGGGAAUCUAAUGAUAACACUUACCUAGCAGGACAAUGGCGACCGAGAAGAAGGCUCUUCCCGAGCAGACUCCCCCUCCCUCCGCGCAAGACAAGGCGGCCUCGACCGAGUCACCGAAAGACGAUGGCGGCGUCAAAUUACAGAAGGAACUGGGCCUGCUGGAAGGCGUGGCCAUGAUCGUGGGCAUCGUGAUAGGGUCGGGCAUCUUCGUGUCUCCAAAGGGCGUCAUCCUAUACGCCGGGAGUGUGGGCAUGUCCCUUGCAGUAUGGGCAGCGUGCGGCCUGAUAGCCAUGAUCGGGGCGCUCUGCUUCGCCGAGCUGGGCACGAUGAUCCCGAGAGCGGGGCAUGUACUGCUACCUGCACGAGGCCUUCGGCGCCGUGCCGGCCUUCCUCUACAUGUGGGUGACGACCGUGAUCAGGAACUCUGCAGGAGCGGCCAUCGUCGCCCUCACCUUCGCCAACUACCUCCUGCAGCCUUUGUUCCCCGACUGCGAGGCCGUGUCCGACGCCGCCACCAGACUCAUCGCUGCGUCCUCAUCUGUUUCCUCUCGUGGAUCAACUGCGUGAACGUGCGGUGGGUGGCCAAGGUGCAGAACGUGUUCAUGGUGACCAAGCUGCUGGCGCUGGUCAUGAUCAUCGUGGCCGGGCUCUACCACUUGGCCUCGGGACACGUGGAGAACUUCAGAGCACCGAUGGAGGGGACCAAGUGGCAGGCGGCGGCCAUUGCCACGGCCUUCUACCAGAGCCUCUUCUCCUACUCUGGAUGGGAAAAUCUGUAUUACGUAGUGGAAGAACUGAAAAAUCCAAAUAAGAACCUACCGCUGGCCAUCAUCAUUUCGACGGGCCUGGUGACUGCCGUCUACACUCUGACCAACGUUGCAUAUCUGGCAGUGCUGACGCCUUCUGAGAUGCUGGCGGCCGAUGCUGUCGCCAUGAGCUUCGCGAGCCGCGCCCUGAGCACGCUAGCCUGGACGAUGCCCUUGUUCGUCAUGUGCUCCACCUUCGGCUCCAUGAACGGCGUCGUGUUCACGCAGUCCCGCCUUAUCUUCGUGGGGGCGCGAAGGGCACUUCCCGAAGCGUUUCUCGCUCGUGCACGCACAACACAGCAGUGCACAGCCCGAGAGUCGUCCUCGUAA